GAAGCUCCAGGAGCACAGGGUUUCUGGUGAAUUCUGGGCUGGGGUUAUCAGGGGGGUGGUGCUGGGGGGUUCCCAGGGCUCGGGUGGGGGUCCCGGGAUGCAGGGGGGGCUGUCCCCACCGAGGUUCUGCCCUCACAGGAGGCUGAGCGUCCCCAGACAGUUGAGGCCCAGCCCCUCACCCUGGCCUUGCGGCCUAGAGCACGACUGUGGCUUCAGAAACCCUUCCGGACCGCUGACCUCUGCCCCGAGCUGCCCUGACCUCUACCCCGGCCCCUCAGGCCACCCUUCUGGGUAGCCUUCGCCCCCAGAACCUGGGGCUUGGCAGGGCAGAGGCGGGAGCUCCGCUGAGAAGUUUGGGCCCUCCUGCGCUCCGUAGCUGGGCACCUUCCUGGCUGGGUUGGGGGAGGCCUGCGCUGGGGAUGUGUUCUCUGGGGCUGAGUGGGGCAGAGGCGGACCUGGGCCCAGGCAGGGGCUGGCCUAGGUGUUCCGGGGGGGCUGGAGGGGCAGCGGGGGCGCUGGGUGUGCCAGUGAAUGCCCCAGGCGCCCUCUGUUUCCUGGGCAGCUCUGCGGCUAUGGAUGUGUUCCAGAAGGUAGAGAAGAUCGGAGAGGGCACCUACGGGGUGGUGUAUAAGGCCAAGAACAAGGAGACGGGGCAGCUCGUGGCCCUCAAGAAGAUCAGGCUGGAUUUGGAAACUGAGGGAGUCCCAAGCACUGCCAUCAGGGAGAUCUCCCUGCUCAAAGAGCUGAAGCACCCCAACAUCGUCAGGCUGCUGGAUGUGGUGCACAGCGAGAAGAAGCUUUACCUGGUGUUUGAGUUCCUCAGCCAGGACCUAAAGAAGUACAUGGACUCCACGCCGGCCUCCGAGCUCCCCCUGCACUUGGUCAAGAGCUACCUCUUCCAGCUGCUGCAGGGGGUGAGUUUCUGCCACUCUCAUCGGGUCAUCCACCGAGACCUGAAGCCCCAGAAUCUGCUCAUCAAUGAGUUGGGUGCCAUCAAGCUGGCCGACUUCGGACUGGCUCGAGCCUUCGGGGUGCCCCUACGCACCUACACCCACGAGGUGGUGACACUUUGGUAUCGCGCCCCUGAGAUCCUCUUGGGCAGCAAGUUCUAUUCCACGGCUGUGGAUGUCUGGAGCAUUGGCUGCAUCUUUGCCGAGAUGGUAAAGAGGGACAGACAUAGCCACGGGGGAGGCUACAGGCAGGCCCCGGGAAGGACAUCUUAUCUGGUGUUGGAUUCUGUACGACAAGGGAGUGGACCCCACACCCCGUCUCCCUCGUUGCAGGUGACCCGUAGAGCCCUGUUUCCUGGUGACUCUGAGAUUGACCAGCUCUUUCGGAUCUUUCGGACCCUGGGGACGCCCAGUGAAGCCAUGUGGCCAGGAGUCACCCAGCUGCCCGACUAUAAGGGCAGUUUCCCCAAGUGGACCAGGAAGGGGUUGGAGGAGAUUGUGCCCGGCCUGGAACCAGAGGGCAAGGACCUGCUCAUGCAACUCCUGCAGUACGACCCCAGCCGGCGGAUCUCCGCCAAGGCUGCCCUCGCACAUCCGUACUUCUUGUCCGCUGAGACCUCCCCGGCCCCCCCGCAGUAUGUGGUGGAGCGUUUCUGCCGCUGAGAGGGUGUGAGGUCCUCCGCCUCGGAGCCUCUCUCCGCUGCUGCCCCAGCUGCCUCCCCCACCCAUGUCCCAAGAAAGAGGACCUAUCUGGGAGAAAGCAAAGUUCUGAGGAAUUUGGCAUCGGCUGCCAGAGAGCGGAGUUUGGGUUAGUCCUGCCCGCAGGUUAACGAGUUCCAGUGUUGUUUGUUGGGUUUGACAGUAUCGGUUCAAGACGGGGGCACCGGAGCUCCGUGCGCAGGGGGUAUGUUAGAGGUUGGGCCCCCUGCCGCAGGAACAGCUGCUGAGAUGAGGAGGAAGCCUGCCCCCGUGUGGCGGCGAGGCAGAGCCAGACAACGCCCCCCCCCCCCAAAAAGGGAAGGGGUGCCCCCUGCCGGUCUUUUUGGCUUUAAAAUGUUUGGGGGAAGAGUUGCAUACCAGUUAAGAGUCCCAGUUUAACGGGAAGAGAGAGGACAUUUUCCUGAUCCCAGGGAACGUCUGGGAUGUGUGUGGCUGUUCUAAGUACUUGUCUUAUACUUAGGAUAUGCUUAUGUUGUUUGCCUCUGGCUUUAAGAACAGUAAAUAAAAGUGCUAUAUUUCCUGA